GUGUAAAUAUAAAAUGUUGGUAUGUUUGUAUAAGCACGUUUGCGUGCUUAGCUUUAUUCCCGACUUGGAUUGUUAUCGGAAACGCACAUUCCAAGAAGUGCUUUAAUUCCAACGGGAUCCAUAUAUAAUCAGUGCAUUCUUGAGAGAGAAGCAAUAAGUGUAUCUAUCUAUCUAUCUAUCUAUCUAUCUAUCUAUUCUAUCUAAUCUGCUCGUGCGCAUGCAUGACAGAAAAAGGAGAGAGAGAGAGAGAGAGAAAGAUAGUCUUUGUGUGUGAGUGUCUUGUGUGUGCUUGUAUGCGUUUGUGCACAAGUGAGAAAAUAUCUCCUUUUAAUUGAAAGUAACGCGUUAUAAAUUAUAUAAUAAAUUGUAUAAUAAAAAGAGAAAGAAAGAGAGAAACCUUGACUUUCUGAACAGGAUCGAAAAGCUAUGGAAACUGAGAUAAACUCGAACCUGCAGAAAGAGGAUUCCCUGUGUUUGAAGUUUAACAAAGCAGCUCAUUAUAUUCGCCAGUAUGGGACUGAUUUGGGAACGAAGAAAAUGUUAUAUUUCUAUGCAAGAUACAAACAGGCAAAAGAAGGCCAGUGUCAUACACCAAAACCAGGAAUGCUGCAGUUUGAAGCGAAACAAAAAUGGGAAGCAUGGAAAAGUUUGGGUAGAAUGAACAAAAAGGAGGCAAUGUCUGAAUAUAUUAGUGAAGUGCAAAAGUUGUAUCCCAACUGGGAAGAUGCAGUCAAGGAUGAAGAUUCAUUCGAAGACCCUUUCACUCGCAUGAGUCGGCGCACACUGAGCAAACUAUGCAGUGCCAAGAUGGAUGUUGACAGUGAGAUUGGCAGUUGGACAAUUUUUGAUAUGUGCAAGGAAGGUAAAACUAUAGAAUUGCAGAAAACUCUGGAGACCGGAGCCAAAGUGAACGACUGUGAUAAUGAUGGUAUGACAUUGCUUCACUGGGCCUGUGACCGUGGUUAUGAAGACAUUGUUGAUGUUUUGUUGAAAUGGAACUGUGAUGUCAAUGUUAAGAUGGCCAAACACCACUGCAUUAUGCUGCUUCUUGUGAAUAUGAAUCGAUUGUUCAGAAACUCCUUGAGAACCAUGCUGACCCAUCCAUGAAAUGUAACGAAGGGGAAACACCAGCUGAUGCAACAGAUAACAAACUCAUCCUGACUUUGUUGUCUUCAAAAAAGAGCUGAGUCUGGAGGGAGAAAGAGGGUGCACGAGAGAGCGAGAAUGCAAGAGAGAGAAAGAGACAGUGUGUGUGAGAGAGAGAGAGUGUAAGGAAGAAAAGGAAAACUUGUAGGAAUGGAGAAAGGAAGCAAGGAAGAGGUAAACAUGAAACUUGAAUCAAGAGAGAUGCAGGGGCACUUUUGUUUGUUGUUAAUUGUUGUUGGAUAUUGAACACAGGCAGCAUUUACUUUUAAACAAGGGCAAUGUUAAAGAUCCUGCCUUGUGAUAAUGUGACGGACAGGAAUGUAAAACUCUGAGUAACAGUUUUUGUAAUUAUAUAAUAUAUAUUAUAUAUAUAUAUAUAUAUAUAUAUAUAUAUAAUAUAUAUAUUAU